AUGCACAGCAUCACGCUAGCCAUGCCGGAACGCGCAAGAACUCCAGAUAUCCUGGAUCAUCAAAUCCUGCCAAAGGUGACUCACUCAAAUACACCGAAACCUCUUCAAGCAGACCAGGCAUAUGAACCAGGUUUGCGUCGGGUGCCUGACCGUAUUCCUUGGGUUGUCGGACUCAUCAUCGUUGUCGAGCUUGGGGAGCGAUUCACCUACUUUGGUCUUAGCGGGCCAUUGCAGAAUUACAUCAAAAAUCCGUACGUCCCUGGUGCGGAGCUACCAGGUGCCCUUGGUAGGGGACAGGCAGUUGCAUCCGCUCUAGGUAACUUUUUCAAGUUUUGGGCGUAUGCCUCCACCAUCCUGGGGGCUGUAGUAGCUGAUCAGUACGUCGGCAAGUUUAAGGCCAUAGUUAUAGCCUCUGGAAUUUAUAUCGUCGGCUUGACUAUCCUUGUGGCAACGGCGACCCCAGCAGCUAUCAAUGGCGGAUCAGCAUUUGGUGGGCUCGUUGCCUCGAUGGUUAUCAUUGGACUGGGAACGGGUGGAAUCAAAGCAAAUGUCACCCCGUUCUGUGCCGAGCAGUAUAAGAAAGGCAGCGCUUUCGUCAAGACACUGAGGUCAGGAGAACGUGUCGUCGUCGACCCUGCGCUCACCGUGGAGCGAAUGUUCAUGUGGUUCUACUGGGCCGUCAAUAUCGGAGCCCUAUCGCCAUUGAUCACUGUCAACGUGGAGGCCAAGGUGUCCUUCUGGCUGGCCUUCCUGAUACCUUUGAUUGUGAUUGUCCUUGCUGCCGUCGUCUUUAUAUGUAGCAGCAAAUUGUAUGUCAAGACUAAACCAAAAGGUUCACCAAUUGUCGAAACCGCUAGAACUGUAUAUGUGGCUAUAUCAGAAAGAGGUUUCGAGAACGCAAAGCCAAGUUCUCUGAGCGAACGAGGUCGGAUAGAGAAAUACCCCAUCGCAUCCAGCGCCAACUACACCGAUCAAAGUGUGGACGGCGUUAAGAAGGGCAUCAGGGCCUGCAAACAGCUAUUCCUCCUCUUUCCGUUUUAUUUCGUUUGUUGGGUCCAGAUCUGGAAUAACCUCAUCUCUCAGGCUGGUCAAAUGGCUCUGCACGGCACUCCGAACGAUCUGCUACAAAACCUCGACCCCAUAGCCUUGAUUAUCUUCAUUCCGUUCCUCGAUCUCGUGGUCUACCCAGCGUUGCGUCACUUCAAGAUCGAUUUCCGACCCGAGUUGAAGAUAACUGCCGGGUUCUUCAUGGCUUCCAUGUCAAUGGUAUACGCCAGUGUUCUCCAACACUACAUCUACAUCUCCCCUGCGCAGUCCAUUCACGUUUGGGUUCAAACACCUGCAUACGUUCUCGUCGCCUUCUCAGAGGCCUUCGUUGUGGUGACUGGCUUGGAGAUCGCAUACACCAAUGCGCCCGAAAGUCUGCGCUCCCUGGUAUCUUCUCUAUUCUGGUUGACUAUUGGCGUCGCAGCGGCCAUUUGUAUCGGACUCGCCCCGGUUUCACAGGAUCCCUAUUUAGUUUGGAUGUAUGGAUCGCUAGCUAUUCCAUCCAGUGCGGGUAUCAUCGGCUUGAACGUUGCCUUAGAGUUAUCGAAACGUGGCUAUGGACAGCAUAUCACAAUCAUGGCAGAACAUCUUCCAGGAGAUGAAUCAAUCGAUUAUACCUCUCCUUGGGCUGGGGCGAAUUUCUCUGGCAUAUCGGGCAGCGAUGCCAAUGCACUGCGCUGGGACCGAUCUGGUUACUUGGCCAUGAUGAGAUUAAUUGAUACCGGGGCAGAAGAAGCGAAGUAUCUGUCCAAAACCGCGUCAACAGAGUACUGGGAUCAAGCCCCAUCGCAGGAUAAGAUCAUCAGCAUGGCUGAGUAUCUGCACGAUCUUGUCAUCAUACCUCCAGCCGAUCUCCCUAAGGGGGCUGCCUUCGGAAUAAGAUUCACUACAGUCACACUCAACGCACCUGCGCAUUGUGAGUAUUUGAAAUACCUCCUAUCUCAACCUCGGUAUGGUGGUGUAAAGUUUGUCCGCCGGAAGGUAUCAAGCUUACAGGAUGCCUUCCUGCACGGAACGCAAAUCGUCUUCAACUGCGUCGGCAACGCAGCAUCCAGUUUAGCGGGAGUUGCCGACUCGAAAUGUUAUCCCACACGUGGCCAGAUUAUCCUUGUGAAGGCCCCAUCAGUUAGAGUCAAUGUUAUGCGGCAUGGCAAAGACUACGAGACAUAUAUCAUCCCGCGACCCCGUUCGGAUGGCACUGUGAUAUUAGGUGGCUACCUACAACCUGGCGACCAAACGAGGCAGACUCGGCCAGUAGAGACUGAAUCUAUUCUGAGUCGCACAGAAGGUCUCCUACCGAUCCUCAAAAAUGGAGAAACAGAAAUCCUUCAUGUUGCGGUGGGAUUGCGGCCAUCGCGGCAGGGCGGUGCUCGAGUGGAGCUCGAAACCACGCCAGAGGGUAACAAUGUGGUACACAACUAUGGCGCAGGAGGGACUGGGUUUCAGGCCGGUAUGGGAAUGGCCAAGGAUGCGGUUGAUUUGGCCUCGGACAUCCUCAGCCAGCUUCAAACCCAGAGUAGAUUAUGA